AUGCAGAAUCUGCCAGUGCAGGCGCUGGCCCUGCGGCAGCUAGGCAGACUGAACUCCCUCCAGCUGCUCACACCAUGCCAUGCCUCUGGUCUCAGCAUGUGGUGUCCGCGAACAUUACACGCGCGUCAGUUGUGGGGUUCAGCCACUCCCCAGACACACCGUACAGCUAUGUGGCCAAGAUCAUGGGACACUCGGCAGAGCUGGUCGCUCCAUCACGUCCGGCUCAAGAGCACGAGAAAAAAAGGGAAGCAAAAAGCAAUGCAGCAGGAGGAAGAGGAGGAGGAGGAAGAUGCAGAGGCUAGUGAUUAUGAGGAUGAGCUUCCAGAUGACCCAGGCCUGCCAAAAGACUAUAAAGACCAUGAGAAAACUGUCCAAUCUCUACGUUUCGAUCUGGUUUUGAAGACCGGAUUGGACAUUGCACGAAAUGGUGUGGAGGAAGCUUUCUAUAACCUCAAAUUGAGACUGAAUGGUCAGAAACUCACCAAGAAGAGCAAAAUGGUUAAAGUGGGGGAUACACUGGAUCUGAUCCUAAAUGAGGACAAGGAAAUGGACACAGUCUUGCUGAAGAGAGUGAUUUUAAAAAAGGUGGUUGGAGAGACAAAAGACGCAGAAAAGCAGAGAGUCAUUCUAAGAAGCUGGAAACACCUACAACUUCCCAGAAAGGAUGUGUACAAGCAGUAAAAACCAGUUCUGUGAUGUUUUUAAGAGGUGAAAGAUCAGAAAGUGGGACAAAACUGAUGUUUCCUAUUCCAACCAUUUGAUUCUGAAACUGAAGAUUGAGGAUUUAAUUAGUUGUUUUCAAUGCCCAACAAAAACUGAAGGUCCUUCUCACAUUUAUUCCCUUAACAGUAGUUCUCAUAACUGUUUCAUACUACUUGAAGAUUAUUUUUAUUAACUUUACAGGUCACAAAUGGAACACAAACACAUCCUAUUGUUUAGAGGCAUUUUUGGUUGUAUGGUUAUAUGUUUACUAGAUUCACAAAAUAACAUUGUGAGAUGAAUCAGAAUUUGGGAUAUCAAUUGUUUUCAGAUCCCUUUUUAAACUGUAUUUCUUUCUUUUUUUCUUCAUUAUAAUGGUCAAGGGUGGAAUAUACCAAGACUACAAAUUUAAUCUCGAUAAACAUCAAAGAAAAAAAUUAUCUGUCUUCCCUUGGGUAUUUUUUUAUCUUUUCUCUGACGAUAAAAGGCUCCUAAUGACCCUCACUUGUGUAUCUGAAGUAAAAUAAAAAGGAACAUGAAACCCA